AAAACUAAAAAAAAAGAAAAAUGAACGACGACCUGAUCAUGCGUAAGAAGCCAGAGCAGAUCGAAAUGGAAUUUCAAGACAGUGGAGAGUCGGCGCUUGUAAAAAGUACAUUACUCAGCAGUCUGCAAAAUAGUGAAUGGGAGAUCGCUGUGAGGAAAGAAGUGAAGAAGUUCUUGGAGAAAGCCAGAGAUGACGUGAGUGCCAAGGAGGUUUUCGAUGCUGUCAAGGAUAUGGCGAGAAGGGAAAUUCCACAAGAAGCAAAGAAGAAGCUCUACGAUCAAGUUCUCGAAUUCGUCACAACUACUAACAAGAAAUGAUUCGCUUUUACGAGGAAAGAAAUCAACUGUGAUCUCAUUAUAUUUUGUAAAAUUUCUUCAAUAAAAAAUUGAACGC